AACAAGAGAAUCUAGGGUUUUCUAAGGGUUUUUAAUCUUCGUGCUUAUCUUCUUCUCUCACUCUCCAGUUUUAGUUUCAGAUGGCGAGAUACGCUGCUGGUACGGUUGAUUGUCCUGGUUCACCCAAAUCUGUACGAAUCGUUGUGGUUGGUGAUAAGGGUACUGGAAAAUCAAGCUUGAUUGUCGCUGCAGCUACUGAUUCUUUCCCUCCCAAUGUCCCUCCUGUUUUGCCUGAUUACAAGUUGCCUGUUGAAUUCUUCCCUGAUGGUAUACCCGUCACCAUUGUCGACACUUCCUCGAGGCCAGAAGAUAGGGACAUGGUUGCCGAGGAAUUGAAGCACGCAGAUGCAGUAGUUUUGACAUAUGCCUGUGAUCGACCUGAGACUCUCGAACGUUUGAGUGAAUACUGGCUUCCAGAGCUUCGGCGAUUGGAGGUAAAAAUUCCUAUUAUAGUAGCAGGGUGUAGGCUUGACUUCAGAGACGACAAUAACCAGGUCAGCCUCGAACAAGUGAUGUCACCUAUAAUGCAGCAGUUUCGGGAGAUAGAGACUUGUAUCGAGUGUUCUGCCCUCAAGCAACUCCAGGCACAAGAAGUUUUCUAUUAUGCACAAAAGACUGUCCUUCACCCAACAGGACCUCUGUUUGAUCAAGAUUCCCAGGCACUGAAGCCCCGGUGUGUAAGGGCAUUGAAGCGUAUCUUUAUACUCUGUGAUCAUGACAGAGAUGGUGCUCUUAGCGAGGCUGAGCUAAAUGAUUUUCAGGUCAAGUGUUUCCAUGCACCAUUGCAGCCUUCUGAAAUUGAAGGUGUUAAGAGGGUUGUGCAAGAAAAGUUGCCAGAAGGUGUGAAUGAAAGAGGAUUGACAGUGACUGGCUUCCUGUUUUUACAUGCACUUUUUAUUGAGAAAGGGAGGCUCGAGACUACAUGGACUGUACUCAGGAAGUUUGGGUAUAAUAAUGAUAUAAGACUUGCUGAAGAAUUGCUACCAUCUACAAUAUUCAAGGGAGCUCCCGAUCAGAGUUUUGAGUUGACAAAUGCAGCAAUCGAAUUCCUGAAAGGAAUGUAUAUGUUGUUUGAUGACGACCAGGAUAAUAAUCUGAGACCUCAAGAGAUCGAGGAUCUUUUUUCAACUGCACCUGAAAGUCCUUGGAAGGAAGCUCCUUAUGAGGAUGCUGCGGAGAAAACUGCCCUUGGAGGACUAUCAUUUGACGCGUUCCUGUCAAUGUGGUCACUAAUGACACUAUUAGAACCGGCUCGGAGUGUGGAAAAUUUGAUUUACAUUGGAUUCCCGGGUGAUCCAUCGACUGCCAUUCGUGUUACUAGGAGAAGACGUUUAGAUCGCAAAAAGCAGCAAUGUGAAAGAAAAGUUUUCCAGUGCUUUGUUUUUGGACCUAAUAAUGCUGGAAAAUCUUCAUUGCUGAAUUGCUUUCUUGGAAGGUCUUAUGCUGAUAACCAGGAAUCAACUACUGAUGAGCGUUAUGCAGUAAAUAUGGUCGAUGAAUCUGGGGGUGCAAAGAAAACUCUUAUCAUGAGGGAAAUUCCAGAAGAUGGAGUUCAAGGGCUAUUUUCAUCCAAGGAAUCCUUGGCUGCAUGUGACAUAGCUGUCUUCGUGUAUGACAGUUCUGAUGAGUCGUCAUGGAAGAGAGCGACUCAGUUGCUUGUAGAAGUUGCAACUUAUGGUGAGGCCACUGGGUAUGAGGUCCCUUGCCUCAUGGUUUCUGCAAAAGACGAUCUUGAUUCAUCUCCUAUUUCCAUACAAGAAUCCACCAGGAUGACACAAGAUAUGGGAAUAGAGCCUCCAGUAUCCAUCAGUUCCAAAUUGGGGGAUUUCAACAACUUAUUCCGCAAAAUCUUAACUGCAGCACAACACCCUCAUUUGAGCAUUCCAGAGACCGAAGCAGGAAAAAGCCGCAAACAUUACAACAGGCUAAUCAACCGCUCUCUUAUGGCUGUUUCAAUUGGGGCUGCUGCUGUAGUUGUUGGGCUGGCUGCAUACCGUGUGUAUGCCACAAGAAAGAGUUCGUCUGCCUGAGAAGAUCGAGACCGAGCAAUCCAAUCUCUUAAGAGAUGGCGAAUCUGAUUCUGUUCUCAUGUGUUUUAGUAUGGAAUUUGUUCUUUGGGUCUAUGGCUUCUACAUUUUCUCUUGUGACGUCUGUGGGUUCCGUAGGGUUUCAUUUACCGUCUCUCUACUCCAAGUAGUGUUGUUGGGAGUGACAUUUUUCUCCAGUUUUCCUGCAUCAGACAACAAAGUUAUACUACAAAU